UCAUGUGGACGUGUCUGUUUCAAUCUGUUGAUACAUUUAGUCAAAAAUAUUUUAUAUAGAUGGGAGAUACGUAUCGCGUUUUUAAAAUCAUAAAAGUGUGAACACGUAAAGAAACUGAGAAUGCAAUGCCAGCACGUAGACGACACGUUGGCUCCGAGGUAGACCAUGAUUUUGUGAUCACAACCUCAAAUAGUCCCUGGCGGGGCAGUACUAUAAGGCAGCAGUAUAACCAUGAAAGUGAAGGGUACAAUUUAACGGAAAACGGGAAAAAGCAAGCGGACAUCGCACCAGCGACAAUGACGUCGCGCGAUAGGACAAAUGAAUUCGUCAAUGCGAUCCGGACGAUGCAAAGCAGAACCGUAGCACGAGCAGCGGUUUUGCAAAAUCCUCGUCGAGCACGCCAGUUACAGAGCUACUCUAAUUUCAUGAUGAUAGCCAAGAAUAUUGGAAAAAACAUAGCAGGCACAUAUACUAAGCUAGAAAAGCUUGCUCUAUUGGCAAAAAGGAAGUCUAUAUUUAAUGACAGACAAGUGGAAAUUGAAGAAUUGACAAAUAUCAUAAAAACAGAUUUAAAAAGUUUGAAUCAUCAAAUAGGAAAAUUACAAGAGCUUAGCAAAAAGCAAAGAGAAGGAUAUGGUGCAUCUCAAAGUCAUCAUAUGGCUUCGCAUUCAUCUUCAAUUGUUAUGGCCUUACAAUCAAAACUGGCAAAUAUGUCAAAUCACUUUAAAAGUGUAUUAGAAGUUAGAUCAGAGAAUAUGAGAGAGGAACAAAGUAGAAGACAGCAGUUUACUCAAGGUUCUGUUUCUACUAUGUUACCUCCAAGUGUUGCUGGAAAACAAGGUUCAUUGUUGUUUCAAGAACAAGAUUCUUCUUCUGUAACUAUAGAUCUGGAACCAGCAAUGGGACAGUUAUCAAUACAGCAAGCAAUUCAUGAUGACACUGAUGCAUAUGUUCAGUCCAGAGCAGAAACAAUGCAAAAUAUAGAAUCUACUAUAGUUGAACUUGGAGGAAUUUUUCAACAAUUAGCGCACAUGGUUAAGGAACAAGAGGAAAUGGUGGAAAGGAUAGAUAGCAAUAUAGAAGAUACAGAAUUGAAUGUGGAGGCAGCACAUGCAGAAAUCUUAAAAUAUUUCCAAUCUGUGACUAAUAACAGGUGGUUAAUGAUAAAAAUAUUUGCAGUCCUUAUAUUUUUCUUUAUAUUUUUUGUAGUGUUUUUGGCAUGA